UGAAGCUAAAUGUCACUCUUGGAAUUUGAUGAACACAAUUAAGAACGUAUUGCUUCAAAAAUAGUUUAUUUGUGAAUUUGAGACCGUGCGGACCUCGGGAUAAAGAAGAUAAUGUUCGGUUUACUUCGUUUAUUUACAAGACGAAAGGAGGUGUCAUCUGAAGUAAGUUCGUCAAACUUGAGCCGUUGUCUGACGACCUGGGACCUUGUCUCGCUCAGUAUUGGAGCCACGUUGGGUGCUGGGAUCUAUGUUGUAACUGGCCAGGUAGCGGGGAGCAUCGCAGGCCCAGCCGUCAUAGUCUCUUUCACCAUUGCGGCCGUUGCUUCAGUCUUGUCUGGUUUAUGCUAUGCAGAGUUCGGUGCUCGCGUUCCACACACAACUGGGUCAGCGUACACGUACAGUUACGUGACGGUAGGUGAAUUCGCUGCGUUCGUGAUUGGUUGGAACUUAAUCCUAGAGUACAUGAUUGGCACGGCUGCAGACGCAAGAGCGCUCAGCGGUUGCUUUGAUUACGUCAUCGGACACGCGAUACGCAACUUCACCCUCUCCCACAUUGGCACAUUUCAUAUUCCUACCAUCGGGGAUACGUACCUGGACUUCUUAUCCUGUAUCCUCACACUAGCAGUGACCGGGGUUCUAGCCUCGGGGGUUAAACAGUCCUCGGUGUUCAGUACUGUAUGUAAUGUCGUUAAUCUUGCCGUUGUUGGGUUCAUCAUAAUCGCCGGUGCCUUCUAUGUUAAACGUGAAAACUGGAGUGUUAAAUCAGGAUUUUUCCCGUACGGUGUCUCUGGUGUUUUAGGCGGGGCUGCGACAUGUUUCUACGCGUUUGUCGGCUUCGAUAUUAUAGCUACGACGGGGCAGGAAACGAGGAAUCCACAACACUCUAUACCUUUAGCAAUUAUGAUAAGUCUCUUUAUCGUGUUCAUGUGUUAUUUCAGUGUUUCCUCGAUUAUAACCCUGAUGUUGCCCUAUUAUAAGCUGGAUAAGCUAUCCCCAAUUCCCAACGCCUUUGCGCAGCGUGGUCUGCACACAGCAACGUAUAUUGUUGGUGUCGGAGCAGUUUGUGGCCUUUCCUCAAGCCUCAUGGGCUCCCUGUUUCCGCUACCGAGAAUAAUCUACGCGAUGGCAAAUGAUGGUCUGUUGUUUGAGUCGUUCAGAAAAAUCAGCAGUCGCAGUGAUAUUCCUUUUGUCGCAACAAUUUAUCCCGGAAUCUUAACAUCGAUUCUUGCUCUAGUUUUCAGCUUGGAUGAGUUGGUUGAAAUGAUGUCCAUAGGAACACUUCUUGCUUAUACCCUAGUGUCCCUAUGUGUUUUAAUACUUAGAUAUCAACCGAACACCCACCUGAGUCCCGGGGAUUCCCUCUCAAGUGGUAGUUUUGACUUUGGCGAACUUGCCCUGAACGAUAACGUAGACUUUGAGAAAAGAUCAUCCAAAACGACAGAAAAAUUGGAAACGAACGGAGUGGAAAGAAGGAGCAAAAAUAUCGUUAAUCCGAGAAAAAGUGAAGUCGCUUCUAUAAACGGUAUUGAUAAGGAUUUUGUGGAAAAUGUGUACCACAAAAAUGAAAAAAGUACAUUUAUGGAUGGUAGUUCUAAUUUGAGUUCGCUCGACAUGGACAGUGUUAGUAUGUCUAAAAAGAAUGGAAAGAGUUUAUAUACUGAUGACCAGGUAUCCGCAGAAAGGACAGUUCUCAGUGAAAGUGAUUAUCAAAAUGAGUCAGUUUAUUUCUCAUUUCCAACGGAGAAGACUGGCCGCAUAGUAUGCUGGGCGUCGCUGUUGCUGUGUAUUUCAUCGUCUGCAUUCUUCGCCCUCAUAGUCCACGCUAUAGACUUCAUAUUACACAAGAACAUUGUGGUUAUCGCCCUCACUUUAAUCGUGGGAUUUUUAUCCAUCAUCUGUAUCGGAGUCAUCGCUGCAAUGCCGCAAAACACAACCAGGUUAUCCUUCAAUGUUCCUUGUGUCCCAGGAAUUCCUAUUUUGGCGAUAUUUUUCAAUACAUUUCUCAUGAUCAAGUUGUCACGAGUAACGUGGUUACGAUUUAUCGUUUGGAUGAUUUUAGGUCUGGCUAUUUACUUUCUUUAUGGUUUACGACACAGCUUUGUUGGAUUACAAUUGAAAAUGAGAGCUCACAUGGAACUAGAGCAAAGACCGUGUGUCCUGUCAAAAAAUCUUUGUCAAUUUGAUUAUGACAUGGACGUGAUACCAGCUCAUCGCGAGCAAGACGGGGGGAAAUCUUCACCGAUUAGUCCCAUCUUCUGGUCCAGCUUACAGAAGUACCAUUUCUUCGCUAGCGAUUAUGAUGAAAAGGACGCCAAUCAUGAGAUGCAUUAAUAUAUUA